UGGCGCAAAAGCGAAGCGUGUUCACGUGACUUUUAGGUCCUCCUGAGUUGCCGUACGCCGCGGCGUCAUUCUACAGCGACAACCAACAAUGGGUCAAAGCCAGAGUGGAGGCCACGGUCCAGGAGGAGGCAAGAAGGAUGACAAGGACAAGAAAAAGAAGUAUGAGCCUCCGAUCCCUACCAGAGUUGGCAAGAAAAAGAAGAAGACCAAGGGACCAGAUGCUGCCAGCAAGCUCCCCUUAGUCACCCCUCACACUCAGUGCCGCCUGAAGCUGCUGAAGCAGGAGCGGAUCAAGGAUUAUCUGCUGAUGGAGGAGGAGUUUAUCAGGAACCAGGAGCAGAUGAAGCCUCUGGAGGAAAAACAGGAGGAGGAGAGGUCAAAGGUGGACGAUCUGCGUGGAACGCCCAUGUCAGUGGGCACUCUGGAGGAGAUCAUAGAUGACAACCAUGCCAUUGUUUCCACCUCAGUGGGCUCAGAGCAUUAUGUCAGCAUCCUGUCCUUCGUGGACAAGGACCUUCUGGAGCCAGGCUGCUCUGUCCUGCUCAACCACAAGGUGCAUGCUGUGAUUGGGGUGCUGAUGGACGACACCGACCCCCUGGUGACAGUGAUGAAGGUGGAGAAAGCCCCACAGGAAACCUAUGCUGACAUCGGUGGACUGGACAGCCAAAUCCAGGAGAUCAAAGAGUCUGUGGAGUUGCCCCUCACACAUCCAGAGUAUUAUGAAGAGAUGGGCAUAAAGCCCCCCAAAGGAGUCAUCUUAUAUGGACCACCUGGCACAGGUAAGACCCUGCUAGCCAAGGCGGUAGCCAAUCAGACAUCGGCCACCUUCCUGCGUGUGGUGGGCUCGGAGCUUAUCCAGAAAUACCUUGGGGACGGGCCCAAGCUGGUCCGAGAGCUGUUCAGGGUGGCAGAGGAACAUGCCCCCUCUAUUGUCUUCAUCGACGAGAUUGAUGCCAUCGGGACCAAGAGGUAUGACUCGAACUCUGGUGGUGAGAGGGAGAUCCAGAGGACCAUGCUGGAACUGCUCAACCAGCUGGACGGCUUCGACUCGCGGGGAGACGUCAAGGUUAUUAUGGCCACCAACCGGAUAGAAACCCUGGAUCCAGCCCUCAUCAGACCUGGGAGAAUCGACCGUAAGAUAGAGUUCCCCCUGCCAGAUGAGAAGACCAAGAGGAGGAUCUUCCAGAUCCACACCAGCCGCAUGACAGUAGCGGAUGAUGUCACCCUGGAUGACCUGAUUCUGGCUAAGGAUGACCUAUCAGGAGCGGACAUUAAGGCCAUCUGCACAGAGGCAGGCCUCAUGGCUUUGCGGGAGCGCCGUAUGAAGGUCACCAACGAGGACUUCAAAAAGUCCAAGGAGAACGUCUUGUACAAGAAGCAGGAGGGCACACCAGAGGGGCUCUACCUCUAACAUUUAAACUUUUGCUUUUUUCUCCCCCCACCCUCUGAUCUGCCAUCGCUGUGUGAAAGAGAGGAGGCAGCACUUGUGUUGUCUGUCUUCCCAGAGAGAGUUUUGAUAUAUUUUGUGCAUGUUAUGUCUGGCUUACCCUGCUCUCUUGUUACCGUUAUGUGAUAUGACAAUAAAUAAAACAACAAUAAAGAGUUUUUUUUUCGACUGUAAA